UUCCAAAGCUGUGAGCUGGAACCAUCGCAGGAGAACAGAACUGCUGCAGAGUCCAGCAUUGAGGCUCCUUAACAGUAAUAGGACAAGAUUCUGCAAUAAAAUUCCCUUUGGAAGCCGGCUAGUGAAAGAGCCAAACAUGCUGGGGAUUAUGGCCUACAUCCUCCUUUCAUUUGUCCCCAUAAUCAACGCUCAAGCUCAAACUGCUUUGCUGGAGUACAUGCAAGGAAGGAUGGGAGUGUUGGAGGAUAGGAUUGCGCAAUGGCACGACCACAGCAGUCGAUACAGCUCAGAACUUCGAGACUUCAAAAACCAAGUGCUGAAACUGCUUGAGAAUAUAGAGAAAGAACGGGACAGUCUGAGGAAUGAGAUGGAGAACACAAAUAUACGCGUGGACCGGCUAGAGAGGGAGGUGGACUACAUAGAGACCCAGAACCCAGCACCACCAUGUGUGGACAUUGAUGAAAAGCUAACUGAGCUUCACAAUGCAAAGAAGAAAAAAAAUGAGAAGUAUGCAAAGCUGACAGGUUGCCCCACGGCUGAGAUUCCAGGAAUUGUGGAAACAGAUGAGAUCAUGGAUCCUCCUGUCACCCGGAAAGCCUACUGCAGUGACACCAUAUCUCAAGUUAAUGCCAUGAAAAUACUAAAGCGCUUUGGAAGCACUUCUGGACUUUGGACGAAGGAUCCUAUAGAGAACCCAGAAAAGGUCUAUGUUUUCGAUGGAACUGGUAAUGACACAGUGUAUGUCUACCCCCGCAUGAAAGAAUUCACUCUCUUCUCUACCACACGCAAGGCAGCGAAAAUUAAACUUCCGUUCCCUUGGAUUGGUACUGGACACGUUGUUUAUGGUGGCAAUUUAUACUACAUCCGACAAGGUGAUGAAUUCCAAGUCAUCAAGUUCAAUUUGGCCAACAAAACAGUGGUUGACAGUGCCGUGUUACAAAUAGAAGAACAAGUUCCUGUAUAUGGACUAUCCACAUUUAAUUAUAUAGAUAUAGUAGCUGAUGAAGAAGGGUUAUGGGUAAUCUAUGCCACAAAAGAAAAUGAAAAGAAUAUCUGCUUAGCCAAAUUAGAUCCAAGUAGUCUUGGGAUUGAGCAGAUGUGGGAUACACCUUGUCCAAUAGAAAAUGCUGAAAGUGCCUUUGUGGUCUGUGGUUCACUCUAUGUUGUGUACAAUACCAAGCUCCCUAGUCGUUCCCGCAUCCAGUGUGUCUUUGAUGUCAGUGGCACCAUAUCAAGUGAAAAUGUUCCAAUUGUUUACUUUCCUAAAAGAUACGGAUCCCACUCAAGUAUGAAAUAUAAUCCCAGGGAGAAACAGAUCUAUGCUUGGGAUGAUGGUUACCAAAUCAUAUACAAGCUGAGCAUGAAACCCAGAGAAGAUUUGUAUUAGAGUUGACAUUAGACCUUUUGUCCAUCUUGUGUCACUUUGGGAAUGAAAUAAAGGUUUUAUGACUAA